GUCUGCAUAUUCAUCGCAAAGCUUAUUUCGAGCUCAAUCAGGGUCUAUCUCAGUGAUUCUGACAUAUGGGGGCCUCUUUCGGAGAUCUGCUUUUUCCUCUCAACCGCCCCUUGUUCUUCAACUCGUACCUCCUAAUACCAAUCCGCGUAGGAGUAUACGUCUGCAUCAGUACGACUGAUUGUCUACGUUCGACCGCUACCCUUGCUGCCAGUCAUGUCGAAUAUGUACGGUGAAUUGGGCAAUAAACUAGUUCAACACGCCAAACGCACCCAAGCUUUAACCCAUCUGCCACCCUACCAGACCGAACUCGUCCGCGCCGUUGCCCGCGAAGUCCGCGACCUGGACCGCGAUGUCGCACGCCUCCUGACUCCUUUCGAGGGCAGCUUCAAUCCGUCCCAGGAACCCGCCAUUGCCUGCGCCCUCCUUGUCGACCAUCUCUGCACGCGUCGCAACAAGCGAUGUCUUCUCGCCUAUCAUCGGGUGCGCACGGAAAAAUUGGAAGAGCUCUGUUGGACGGGUGUGGAUGUGCUGGAGCAGCAACUGCCCGUGGCGGAGGAUGUCAAUACAGGAGCUGCCGCUACGGCGGCGGCACAAAGUCAGGGUGCGGGGUCGGGGUUGAGUCACAGCUCGCUGAGCCCGGAGGAAGAGGAGUACUUUCGACAAUACAGUGAUCUGCUAGCCGCGUACAAGGGGCAAUGGACAGACAUCGAUCUUACAGGGAGCUUGGAGCCACCUAAGGAUUUGUUCAUCGAUGUGCGGGUAUUGAAGGACGCAGGCGAGAUCCAGACGGAAUAUGGAGUGAUCAAUUUGACCAAGAACAGUCAGCUCUACGUACGACAAGGGGAUGUGGAACGGUUGAUCGCACAGGGAUUUCUGGAACGGUUGGGAUAAAUUGCUGUGUCUCCGUGGUCGGCAAUUCUGAUGUCGAUUAUCCACCGAUGCUGCUGCUACUGCUGCUGCUCUUUUUUGUGUUACAUGAUGAUACCCAUUUAGUUUGUUUGGAGCGAUUGACAACAGAGCGGUAAUGGUGGGCAUGGGGGUCACCCCGCGCUAAGAUGAAAUCAAAUGAAAUAGCGUAGCAACCGAGAUGAA